AUGGCUGACGUAGUGAAGCGGAAGAUCGCCAAAGCGAAGGCGAAGGCAACCUUCACGAACCUUCGCCGCGGACUACUCGUCGCCAUCGACGAACCAGACGUAGACAAAGACAAGAUCAAGUACAAUCUUGUUUUACUUGAGAACGGCCUGAACGCCGUGAUGGAGAUUAUCACCGAGUUAUCCAGCGCAUGUAGUACCAGUCAGGACAGUGUGUUUCUUGAUGGUCUUUGCAAGGAUGCUGAUGAUCUGGAAAACCAGUAUACAGAUGCUGUUACUCGUGCGAGUACAGUUUUGGCUAGCAUGAGCCGUUACAAUAGUACGUGCACCAGCGAGGCGACGGGUGUGCGGUACUCACGCAACCCUGAUCGAGUACGAGAGUAUUUGGAGUCUGUGUCUGCGGCAAGGACAGUGCGAGCUGCACAGGAUCAGUUACAACAGGAAUCCACACACGUAGAAUCUACACGUAGCACCACAGGUAGUGCGAAUGUCAGUGUGUCUUUGGGUGCACCUACACAGGCCACAGCUGCUCUGUCCAGUGCAAGUACCGGUAGACCUACGCAGGGCCAGGCCGUCCCGUCGUAUGAGUACCAUGUCCAUGAGUACAGCGUUGACCAAGGUCCGCCCGACAUACAUGUCAACGGGGACCCGGUAUACCCACAUGCGGCGCUCACUGAUGACCUCGAGGUCAAGCCUCCACGUGGGCUGAUGGCCACAGCUACAGAGCUAGAGAGCCUCUCAAAUCCGAGGUCAACAUCGCCGGCUCAGCCGCCGUGCACGGAGUUUUCGAACUCCCCGACGCAGCAGUCGUACGCAGAGUUUUUGAACUCUCUUGCUUCGCAGCAGCCGCCGUCCACGGAGUUUUCGAACUCUCGGCCGCACGCGCAGCCAUCGUACACGGCGUCGUCGAGCUCUCCGGCUUCGCAGCAGCCGCUGUACACAGAGCGCUCGAGCUCCGUGCCGCAGCCGGCCCACUCAGCGCCACGACAGUCGUCAACACAGGUCAGGCAGCAGCCGCUGUACACAGCGUUGUCAAGUACACGUAGUUCGGUGCAGCAGCCGUCCUACUCUGCGCCACAGCAGUCGUCAACGCAGGUGCAGCAGCCUCUGUACACAGCGUUUUCCAGUAGUUCUCUGCAGCAGCCGUCGCACUCGGUGCCACGACAAUCGUCGACGCAGGCCACACAGCAGCAGCUGUCCACAGUGUUUUCAAGUUCCGUACAGCAGCCGCCGCACGCAGCGCCGCAGCAGCCGCUGUACACAGCGUUUUUAAGUUCCGCACAGCAACCGCUGCAGCUGCCGCCGCACGCAGCGCCGCAGCAGCCGCCGCACGCAGCGCCGCAGCAGCCACUGUACACAGCGUUUUUAAGUUCCGCACAGCAACCGCUGCAGCUGCCGCCGCACGCAGCGCCGCAGCAGCCGCCGCAGCAGCCGCCGCACGCAGCGCCACAGCAGCCGUCGCACGCAGCGCCACAGCAACCGUCGUACGCAUUGUCGACGCCAGACCAGACUCGGAGCGGCUUCCGACCAUACAGCCAAAACCCGACGCUGUCAGCGCGUUUACCCGUUACGCCGCAAUUGUCGCCACCUGCACUGACUCCCUCACCUGACAGUUCCUCAGGUCAAAGUCCACACAGCGCGGCACCAUCUGAUGUCUAUCGCCAUUUGAAGAAGAUCACCAUCCCAACUUUCAGUGGCGACAAGAAGGCGUACGACACCUGGCGUACGGCAUUCAUGGUGUGCGUGGAUCAGCAGCCAAUAUCAGCCGAGUUGAAGCUCCUUCAACUCCACCAGUGCCUCACGGGCCCGCCGCUGAAGAGUAUUGAGGCAUUUGGCUACUCAGCGUCCGCGUACUCAGCCGCGAUAAGUCGCCUGGAACACAAGUACGGUGGCCUUCGUCGCAAGACGGCCGUCCACAUGACCGCACUCUCGCAGUUUACGCCCAUUCGGGAUCGGGGCACUGCCGCAGAGUUUGAGCGCUUUGCUGACUUGCUGCAAGUCGCAAUCAUCAACCUGCAGGAUGUUGGGCGACAUGGCGAAUUGGCCGCAGGGACAUUCUGCACCAAAGUGCAGCAGAAAUUGGGCCCGGAGCUGCUGACCAACUAUAACAGAUGGCGAUGUGACACAGGGGCUGAAGAGUCCGUACCCCACCUACUGCAGUGGGUGCUGCGCGAAGCAGACUUCCGCACGGAGGCGGAUGAGACGCUGCACAGCAUCGCCAACACGACACUGGGCUCCCGGUCACCGCCAUCCGCCAAGCCUUCCAGGUUUGGACCAGCUACGGCGUCUGCGUUAGCAGUGUUGUCCACCAACCCUUGUGCUUACUGCUCUCAGGAUCACGCUGCCGCACAGUGCUCCGUUAUUACUUCACUCGCGAGAAGGAAGGAAAUAGUGAAACAGGACGGGCGUUGCUUCGUGUGCCUCAAGCAGCAUCACAUGGCCCGCAACUGCCAGUCAACGUUAAAGUGCGCCAAGUGCAGCCGGCGACAUCAUGUCAGCAUCUGCGAUGGCACGCUAGCGCUUGCUGGCAAGGACAAGUUGUUUGGCACGGCCACCAGGUCCGGUCAGCGACGUGCGUCGCCAGCCAAGGACCUCUCGACUGAUGCGGGCACAUCCGCAGCUGUGGGCACGGUCGGCAAUGGUGGAGCCGUGCUGCUCCAGACGGCUAACGCUACAGUCUGCUCCCCAGCAGACCCGACCCGCACCGCCACGGCCAAAGUCGUUAUGGAUGGCGGCUGGUGUUUCGCUAGGCUUCUGCCGCACGCAGUCCCGUAAUGGGCCG